GAAACCUGUUAGGGAUGGUUCGGGUCACAUUCAUGGUGACUUUUCAAACAAGAAUUAGUGAUUAAAUAUAGUUCUGAUCACAAUUUAAAUUGAUGGUGGGAAUACUUUUUCAAUUUUUGGGGUUCUAUAAAUUGGCUACAUCUAUCAACAAUGUGAUAGCACAUAACCACUUACAUUUUUUUAGAAGACAAAAAAAGGUGAUGGAGAGGAAAACACUUGCUAGCUUGUGCUUCUUUCUCAUUGUUCUCUUAGCUGCUCAAGUAGUGGCGCAAAAUGUGCCUUGUCAGACACGAAAUCGUAACUUCAAGAGUGCAUGUAUUGCUGUAUCUGGCGACGACGAAGAAUGUGACCAUGAUUGCAGGAGAGUAGGAGGCUGGAAUGGUGGUUCUUGCAAAAAUCAGAAAUGUGUUUGUGACUGUUGAACAUCUCCUACAUAAAUAAAUAAUCUAGUUAUAGUAUGAUUCAUAGCUAGAUUAUGUUUAUGGAAUAAAUCAUUGAUCAAUUCUCUUCCCUUGAGUGAGAAGAGAAAUAAUUAAUAUAUAGAGUAAUAUGUGUGACAAGAUAGCAUGUUGUCUUAUUAAAUAAACGGAAAUGAUUAUCAUAGCAA